AUACCUUCCCAUCAUCCUCCUUUUCCGGUGCCCCACUUUGGCGGGGUCAUUAUUUCGUCAAAUAUGCGGUAAAAUUUCGCCAAUUUACGCCAUUUCUGCGGCCUACAGGCUGACAAAAAUGGAUUUUAACAAGUUUUUACAACCUCCCGGUCUAAAUCUGACCGACCCCGAGGACGACUUUGAGCAGGUUUCGCCUGCACACAGAGAGCUGACAGAAAGACUGCGGAAGACUUUGUACCACGGAAAUCUGACAGAUGAGGAGCUGAAAAGGCCGUCAGCGGUCGCCACAGACAUAGCAGUUGAGUUAUUACAAAAAGCUGCCCCUUCACCAAAGAAUAGGCUAAGGGAGAAGUAUGCAGCAUCUGUUGUCAAUGGUGUUUCUAUCUCACCCUGUACCCUGAUGUUGGGCAUGUGGUAUGUGGAGAGAUUAAAACACAGGAAUCCUGAGUACCUGCAGACAGUGUCCUCAUCUGACCUCUUCUUGGUCUCCAUGAUGGUAGCCUCUAAGUACCUGUAUGACGAGGGAGAAGAUGAAGAGGUCUUCAAUGAUGAAUGGGCUGAAGCAGGUAAACGUGAUGUGGAGGAGGUCAACACACUUGAGGCCAGCUUUCUCGUCGCCAUGGACUGGCAGCUGUUCACUCGUCCAGAGGAGUUCCUACUGUAUGUGAAUUUGCUGGAGGCCAGGAUAGCGGUAAUGGAGGGGCGUCGGAGAGGCUGGUUCUCGUACACGGACAUGUGGGCGCUAUGGCAACAGGCGCGGCUGUGGGACAACAUGGCUGCCACCGCACAGUGGAUGGUGGAGGUAAUGUGCCUGUGCAUGCUGGCCUACAGCGCCUGUGUCGCAGCUCUCGUCGGCACCGCGUCUGUCGCCCACCACGCCUCCCAGCUGACCUCUGACCUCAUCACAGCCCCCGCCACCGCCCCAGCCACCCGGGAGGCAGCCUGGCUCAAACCGGUGGGAACCGGCUCUGACCAGCUAGCACCGGAAGAGGCCGGUUGUGAGGAGAUGAUGUCAGAAGAAGAGGUGUCCAGCCUUCUGGUCACCAUUCCCCGCAUCCGAGAUUCCGUCCUGGAAUUCUCCAGCGCCGUCCUGAAUGGCGUAGAUGGAAACACCGACAGGUUGGGACCGGUUGGAACUAGUUUGGUUGUCAUAGGGACCGACACGGGCCAGUCAGAACUGGUUAGAAGUAGCCAGUUCUGGAACAGACCGUACGGAGGGACUAGCGGAGACCUGGCCUUAGACCUGUUUGGUCACCAUGCCAACGACACCAGGUACCUGCCUGCGCAGAUGAAGAGGAUACGCACAGGUGACGGACAGAGGGAUUCCCACAAGGUGUUCCCGAGACACGACGACGCGUGUAAGGACGACAAGUGCAUCUCGAGAAAGUACCUCCUGGUUCCGUCGUACCACGACAUCGUGGUGGGAUGUAGCACGCAGUCUUUUCCUCAGCCUGUCAUAACCGCAUGAAAAAUGGAAGGGGUGUAUGGGGCCAUUCCAUUCGACAAUGUUGAGAGGGGUGUUAAACAUGAGUAUGUUUAGGACUAUCUUGAGGGCUUUUAUAGAAAAAUACAACAACAAAUGGUUGAAAAAAAAAGAAUAGGGAAGAGAGGUGUUCGCAAUUUUCCCUGAACAAUCCACACUACCUAAAUCCCCCGCAUUUGUGGUAAUGCUCUUUUUAUACUCAUUUUGUCAGUUCUAAUAUGAUAUGUGCAGUGGUAAGGGAAUAGGUGCUGGUGUACAAAUGUAAUUAUAAAUGAUGACUGUAAUUCAGCAUAAAUUCAUAAAUGUAAUUUUUUGAUACUCUUCAGCUAUCAUACAAGUGUUCUUAAAUGGCCAGUGCAAAAAUUGUUUCCAAAUUGUUCAGAAAUAAUCUGUGGAGAUAAUGUUCAGUGGUGAACUACUCCACAACAGAUUGCAAUGUACCAUGUUGUAUAUAGAAUCUGUACUAAUAAGGCCACACCAAUUUAAUUUCUUGGUUAACGGAUUCGCCUCUUCAUUUUUUCUGAUUUGCAAAUAAAAAUAAAAAUUCAGAAUCA